CUAUACUAUGCAUGAACCACAUCUGACCACAAGAAGUGGUUGUGGUCGGGGUUUGCGUUCGAGAGCAGUUCGAGAGCGCGCGUGAGGGCAGGGUGAGGGUGGAAAAGGUGUAAGAGUAGCAAUGAUAUAUUUCAAGUGAAAAAGCUCUCGAUGGUUCAUUAUACGGGUCCCCUUUUGUCUGAUUUAUUGUGGCAUUAUGUCAUAGUAUGUGGUUUCAAAUCAAAGUGAAUUGAUGCACCGAAACCGCGAAUUGUACUGCCUCUUGUUUUAAUGUAUUAUUAGAAGUUUGAAACUUUCAGGUUAUGUUAUGAGAGUUGCUGUUUUUAAUAUGCAUUUUCAGUCUGUUGUGAACACCCAUAAUUGUUCGAGUGAAUGCCAUUCGCGGCAUUUUCUACGUUUUGAUUUUUCUUUAAUAGAGUGCUUUUGUUAUUUCUUACACUAGCAAUGAUUCAUUUCUUUUGGACAGUGUGUAGUGAAGUGAAAGGACAUUUUACAAAAAUAUUUUUUAAAUUGUGAGAGUGUCCCAAGAGUUGCAUUUACAAAUCUACAUCCUCUAGUGUGACUUCUGAGUUCACCAUGUCUCAAGCAUUACUUGCUUACACAUUACCAAAUGGAGCACAAGUUUUGAUUCCAACACUGGAUGCAAAAGGGGAUCCUCUCUUUGAAGCAAAUAGUGCUGCUAGUAUAUUUUUAUCUGGAAUGCAAGUGGAAAGUGAUGAUUUAGAUAAUGUUGUGGAUUCUGCAUGCAGUUCAGAAACGAAUGAAAUUCAAGAUAACCUUAAUACAAACAGUUUUGGCAAUUCCUAUCCCGAUAAACAAGACAUUUUUGGUGGAACUGUAAUUGUCAAUUCAGAACUAAGUGAAUUUGUUGAAAUGCACAGAUCAAAGAACGACAUGAAAGAUUGUGAUAUCAACAUUAAAAAUUUUAGUGAAGAAAGGAUAUCUAAGAGUGAUCAUAUUUGUAAUGUUAAAAAUUAUGAUCUUGUACAGUCUAACUGUCUCGGUUCAUCCUGUGAUACAAUUAAAGUAGAGGAAGUAGUUACUCUUCAAGAAAUGUUGGACACGUGUGAAACGGCUGGAAUUGUAAUUAAAAAUACGAAUGGUGAUAGCUCCCAGUUGGGGCUAGAUGUUAAUUGUGAUAAUGGUAAUUGUGAUAGUAAUAUUGUAAAAGACAAUGUCUCUUUGAAAUCCGGUAUCAAAUUAGCUGUUGAAGAUGUGAAAAAUGCUAUUAAUAUAAGUGAUUACAUGGAUAUUAGAGACAAAAAUGCUUCAGAAGAAUUAGUUCAGUUACCUGACACGGUUGUCCAAACAGCAGAUUCUGUUCUGAAAGAAGUGUGUGACAAUGUUACACAAUGUUUAGAAAAUGAAAGUCUAAAGAGUAGAGAGUUUACAGGACACACUAACAGUAUGAUUUUGGAUCAUUUAGAUGAAUUUGCUGAAAUGGUAACAUUGUUCAAAUGCAGAUUAUGUAAAUUUGCUGCUGGGAACAAAGAAGAAUUGUUCAAACACUUGCAGACAGAGCACUUGGAGGGGCCAUGUGAUUCAGAUCAGUGUAACUUGGAAGAUAAUGUGAACUCCGCCCCUCGAAAUGGAGAUAUUGUGAGUGAAAAGCUGGUAUUUUUGUGUGGUCAAUGCAGUGCAGGAUUUAAUAGCAUUAAUGCCUGCAAAUCUCAUAUGAUGCAGGUCCAUGAACUGAUCGUUCAAGAGAGUGAAGAACCUGGUAAUAGCUCACAUUCAGAAAAUGGUGAUGUUGGAACAUCUGAUAUUAAAGAUUACAUCCCAGUUUCAUCCAUUAAUGCAAAAGAUUUCUGCUUUAACCAGAAGUAUCCUACAAUUCCUACACCAUACAAAUGUGCGGUUCGUGGGUGUCAAAGCAAAUUUAGUGAAGAGAAGGAUCUUCAAAUUCAUGUUGGUUGCCAUACUGAUACUGAAAACUGUCGGGAUUUUCGGUGCUGCGAAUGUCAAGCCCCCUUUGAACGUUGGCGGUCAUGUGCUAUGCAUCUGUGGAAAGUUCAUAAUAUUGACUGCGGUCUUCUUACUUGUCCUAUUUGUUUAAAAUAUAAGACUGCUACAUCAGUUCCUUUGGAAAACCACAUGAGAAUUCAUGGAGAAGCUCGGUCUUUCACCUGUCCUGAAUGUGGCAAAGGAUUCAAACAAGCUGCUCAACUUCAUAACCAUCGUGUUAUGCAUUUGGAUCGCAAAACCAGUGAACUACCGCGCUGGUAUGCAUCUAAGCAGUGUAACAUCUGUUUUAAAAAUUACGCCAAUUCAAAAUGCCUGAAGAAACAUAUUCAAGCUGUACACAGUAAAUUGCGACCAUACGUAUGUCAGGUAUGUGGUCAUGCAUCUGCUCGCAAAGCAAUGUUGCAAUUGCAUUAUCGGCAGCACACUGGAGAGAAGCCGCAUACUUGUCCCCUUUGUGAUUAUCGCACUGGUGACCAUAACUCACUGAGGCGGCAUAUCAUGCGCCACACUGGCCAACGUCCUUACCGAUGCCCUCACUGCCCAUACAGUGCAAUACAAAGCAACUCCUACAAAAACCAUUUGCGUAAUAAGCAUCCUGGGCAGAGUGGAGUUUUCUCAUGCGGUCAGUGUUCAUUUAAGACUGUAAGUCAUGAAGGCUAUUUACUUCACGUAGCAGAUCACAAAAAUGGCAUUAUCAACACUUGCAGUGAUGGUGGAGGAAGUGAUGUUGAGGUAUUCCCAGGCAAUGUUGCUGCUGCCCAGCUCAUAUAUCGGUGUCUGAAUGCUCUAUCUGAUGGGGCUAAUGUAGAAGCAAACGUUACAGGCAGUAGUACUUCUGCGGAUGGAACAAUGCAGACAAUUACUAUUCAGAUUCCCAAUCAAGAGUGUAAUGGAGAAAAUGAAGAUGAAGUAACCCGAUGUUUUCUAGAAGUACAACAACAGUUAGAGGAAGAAAAUAUAGACACCAGUUCAAUUGCUGUGUCUGGAUUAUCGGACCAUAAUGGCUUAAGUCAAAUAGUUACAUGAUAGUAGAUUCUACAAAAUUUCCAGGAGUAAUUGUCAAUGUAUAAUAUGUUAGUGCUUUGUUAUCUUUUAUGUGUACUUGGUUAGAAUAUUAUCUUGAUAUUAUUGAAUGUAAUUAUCUCUAUAAAUAAUUGUAUUAUUUAGUAUUACAUAUUUGGGAUAUUUUUAAUUUUUCAAAAUCUUUUCAACCAGCUUCAAUAUGGCCAAAAAUGUUUUGUCUGUAUUUUAUAUGUAUUUAAAACAGGAUUGAAUUGAUUUGUUUCAUUAAAUAAACAAUUGUUCAUUUUUAAUGAUAACCAUAUUUCUCAUGAGAAUUGAGUGGAGGUGGUAAUAUGGAGGGUUUUUUUUACUGACCGUAAACUGGGAACAAUGGAGACUACAAACCGGGGGAAUACAACAUUCUUGACAACAUAAUUUAUUGUAAGUUAUUUCUAGGAAAACACUAAGUACAACUUGAAGAUUUCACAGUGAACAGAAAUCACACACACUUCAGUCUUUCUCACAUCCAUAACACUACGUGAGCCCUUUUCCUGCAUUUUACACAUUCAACCAAGAUUCUCCAGCCUUUGAAUCAUUGAACUUCUGAUAGCAGAACAUUCACUCCACAUUAUUGUCAACUGGAGCCUGAACCCCCCAAGGGCACUGAUAAAUUAGUCAUCUGAAGAAAUUGACUGGUGAUCAUCUUGUUCAUCAGUUUCAUCAUUGACAAUCAACUUUAUCUGUGCUGCAACGCUCUUCUUCUUCUGCAGUCCUUUCAGAGGUUUUCUGCUGGACCCUGCAAUAAAUGUCUCUGUUUCUCUCUUCCAAUUCUUUGAAUUGGUCUUCUUUUCACGGGUUUGAAGAGAUGACUCCAAAGCAGUUUUGUAUGGUGAGUUUGUCAAAAUUGCGGCAGAUGCAACUUUGCAGCCGUGAUUGGUCUUCUUUUUGGAUUCUGGCCCUGGAGAUAUAUCUUGAGGACUCAUCUUGAGUUUUCUCUCUCAUUUUUCUUCUUCUUCUUUACUUGGACAUCAUUGUUUUGUCAUCUUCCAUAGCAAAUACCUUUUCCGCUUCAAUUCGCAAUGUGAUAAAAUUGGCAAACACAGUUCUGUCUACUGAGCAGAUGCCAGUAUCUCGAAAUCCAUUCACAGCAAUUUCUCCUGUCAUCACCUUCAAGUAAGCUCUGCCAAACAGGUCAGCAAUGUCAUAUGUUGAGAUGACUGCUGGAUUGGCAAAUCUACUCACAAACCUCUUCACUGUAGUGAGCUUCUAGUGGUCCCAUAUUUGAUUUAUCAAGAGCAUGCAAUUUUCUGUGAAGUAUGAGGAGGAUUACAUAGAAAGUUGACACGAUUCUCGAUAAGGAUAGCUUUGAGAUUUCGUGUUUAGGAAAAAUGUCCAUCAAGAAUCAGCAGCACUGGGGAUUCAGAGGAUGGUCUUGUUUUUGCAAUGGAAUGUACAAACCAUUUGGUGAAUAGAGAGCUUUGUACCCAACCUGGCGGAUGACAAACCCAGAUGGUUUCUGGUGGAGCUCCUUUUAAGAGGCGAUCGGUCAAAUUUGUGCGAGGAAAAAUCAUCAUAAGUGAAACGAAAGUUUCUCCCGCGCUCAUACACACAAUAAGUUAUAAGUGAACCUCUCUCGGCCGCACGUGAAGAUACGAUUUGCCGUUUUCCUGUACGACCAACAACAUAAGGCAGUCUAUUCUGCACUAUCGCGGGACCUGUCUCAACAACAUUAAACACCUGAUCAACUGGGUAGUGGUGUUCGUCCAUUGCAGCUUCUAAAAUAUCAAAGUAUGUUUUCACAUUUUCCUUUUUGCAACCCUUAGCUCGAGCUAUGGAUGUUCCACAGUUUUCUAAUCGCCGGUUGGCCCUUGAAUCUGUUCAUGAAAUGAUCGAACCAAGCUCUACCGGCCAUGCCACCCACAAAAGGAUGUUUUAUCUGGUUUAUUUCCGCUAAUUGCCAAUCGCUGGACGUCAUUUCUCGUUAAACCAGAAAAUUUGCUCUCAAUUAUUAACAAAUGUUUCACUACUUCUGGCGAUGGUGUAACGGUUAGUGUAUCGGACUGUUCUAUCCAAUUCGCGGGUUCAAACCCGAUCGAAGCCGUGGAUGUGUAGGGCGAAAAACCUCGGAGGGGAAGUAAAGCCGGCUGUCCCAUGUUAGUAGUUUACUGCAUCUAAAAGGUCCUCAAGCCUA